CAACUUUCAUAGUAAUUACUCAAUGUCUGGUCCUUGCUACUAUCAUUUUCCAUUCAAUUUCGGGGAUAUAACUUUCUUAGUUAGUUCAGGGUCUGCCAUUCUCUUCUAUUUAUAUUCUUCUCGCUUCCAAAUCAGGCACCUAAAAGAUAUAUAUUUUUUAGAGAGAGAGAGUGUGUGUUUUAGAGAGAGAAAAUUGAAAGGGAGGAAUGGAGAAAGCUAUAAACAGACAGAGAGUUCUGCUGGAACACCUUCGACCCACUUCUUCUUUUUCUCAUCAAACCCGUGAAUCUUCCCUCUCUGCUUCAAUUUGUUUGGCUGGGGAUAGUGCUGCUUAUAAUCGGACAGCUGCUUUUGGAGAUGAUGUUGUCAUUGUGGCUGCAUAUCGGACUGCCAUUUGCAAAUCUAAACGUGGGGGUUUCAAGGACACCCUUCCUGAUGAUCUACUUGCUCCUGUUUUGAAGGCAUUGAUAGAGAAAACAAAUGUGAGCCCAAGUGAGGUGGGGGAUAUAGUAGUUGGUACAGUUUUGGCACCAGGUUCGCAAAGAGCAACUGAAUGCAGAAUGGCAGCAUUCUAUGCUGGUUUUCCUGAAACGGUGCCCAUCAGAACCGUCAACAGGCAAUGUUCAUCUGGCCUCCAGGCAGUUGCUGAUGUAGUUGCCUCCAUAAAAGCUGGAUUUUAUGAUAUAGGCAUUGGGGCCGGAAUAGAGUGCAUGACAUUAGAUCAGAUUGGCAGGUCUCUCAAACCCAACCCAAGAGUGGAGAGUUUUGUACAAGCUCGAGAUUGUCUUCUUCCUAUGGGGAUUACUUCUGAAAAUGUUGCACAACGCUAUGGUGUGACAAGGCAAGAGCAAGACCAGGCUGCUGUUAUAUCUCAUCAGCGUGCUGCUGCAGCAACUGCAUCUGGAAAAUUCAAAGAUGAAAUUGUCCCAGUUUAUACAAAGAUUGUGGACCCAAAAACUGGAGAGGAGAAGCCUGUUACUAUUUCUGUGGAUGAUGGCAUUAGGCCAAAUACAACUAUGGCAGCUCUGGCGAAGUUGAAGCCUGCAUUCAAAAAGGACGGGACCACCACUGCCGGGAAUGCUAGUCAGGUGAGUGAUGGUGCUGGUGCAGUCCUCCUCAUGAAGAGAAGUCUGGCUAUGCGGAAGGGACUUCCAAUCCUUGGUGUGUUCAGGAGUUUUGCUGCUGUUGGGGUGGAUCCAGCUGUUAUGGGUAUUGGUCCAGCUGUUGCAAUUCCAGCUGCGGUGAAGGCCGCUAGUCUGGAGCUUGAUGAUAUUGACUUGUUUGAAAUAAAUGAGGCAUUUGCAUCCCAAUUUGUAUAUAGCUGUAAAAAACUGGAGCUUGAUCCAGAAAAAGUCAAUGUUAAUGGAGGUGCAAUGGCUCUUGGGCAUCCUUUGGGCGCUACAGGUGCCCGAUGUGUUGCAACUUUACUGCAUGAGAUGAAGCGCCGUGGCAAGGACUGUCGUUUUGGUGUGAUUUCCAUGUGCAUAGGCUCAGGCAUGGGGGCUGCAGCUGUUUUUGAAAGAGGGGACUCUGUUGAUGACCUGUGUAACGCUCGAAUGGUCAGAAGUAACAAUCUUUUAUCAAAGGAUUGCCAAUAAAAACACAUUCUUGUGAUGGAUAUAAUCAAUCCCUUUGCUUCCGGCCUUGGAAUUAAUGUAGCUCUCUUCAAGAUUGGUACAUUUUCAACAUUUCAACCGAAGUUCGAGUAAACAGCAAUAAUUCUGCAGUUACCCUAUGCAUUUUGUUGUAAUGUUUGUAUACUGUUAUUUUUCAUAAUGAAAUCAAUAUGUGUCGUGUGUCAUCUCAAAAUGUGUUUAUUUUAAACAGGUAUAAUAUGCAAGAAUGCAUCAGAAACAGGUUAAUUGGAAAAGUAUGUAAUAAUGAAGCUCUCUCUUUUCUUUUC